AUGGCUGAGCCUGAUUGCAUUGGCAGUAGCUGCGCCUCUCCACCUUCUCCGCUCUUUCCCUCAUUUUCAUUCUUCCAAAUUGAGUUCUACAUCUUUCCUCCUCUUCUUCUCCUUGCGGCGGAGGCGGCGGCGCUAUCACGUCCCCUCGCCGCCCCGCGAUCUUCAUUUCUCAUCCGCUCCUCCUCCCUCAAGGACAUUCUCUCCCUCCUCGACGAUUGUGAGGCCUUCGACCGCAGUAACCCCUCCACCGCCCCCUCCCGCGCUUCCUCUCCUCCUCCUCCGCCGUCGCCGCUCGUGCACCACUCCCGGCCGGCCUCCGCCGCUCUCCUCCGCCCCUGGUGCUCCUCGCAGGAGAAAGAUCCCUUCGGCCUCCCGCCCGGAGAGGAGAAGCGCGUCAUCCUCUACUUCUCCUCCUUUCGCGUCGUCCGCCGCACCUUCGAGGACUGCGCCGCCGUCCGCGCCAUCCUCCGCGGCCUCCGCGUCGCCGUCGACGAGCGCGACGUCUCCAUGGACGCCGGGUUCCUGCGCGAGCUGAGGGGCGUCCUUGGAGGCCGCCCGCAACCCGUAGGCGUCCCCCAGGUGUUCAUCGGCGGUCGCCACAUCGGAGGCGCGGAGGAUCUCCGGCGGCUCCUCGAGGCAGGGGAGCUAAGGCGGUACGUGGAGGGUGUGGCGCCGGCGGCGACGGAGAUCUGCGACUGGUGCGGUGACCUCCGCUUCUUGGUGUGCCGGAGGUGCAGCGGGUCGCGGCGGUGCUACUCCGAGAAGGGCAACGCCGGCGGGGCGUUCCGAGCCUGCACCGCCUGCAACGAGAACGGGCUCAUCCGGUGCCCCCGAUGCUGCGCCUCGACAGUCGUCUGAUCGUGAUCGGACCGUCAGUGAUAGAUGUCUCUGUACGCUCUCGUAAGCAAGUACUAAUUGCAGUAACGAUAAUACAUAUAUAUAUAUAUAUAUAUAUAUAUAUAUCUAUAUAUAUAUAAUAAAAACUAGGGACGUGGUCCGUGGGAGAGUCUGUUAAAUAUCCCGGUUUAAUAUGUUUUUUUUUUUCAUAUUUAAUCUCAAGGCAAAGUGUUUAGGAGACUUGAGAUCUCGUUCUGUAAUGCCUAUCUAUCCGUCAUGAUCAUAUAAAAUGAACGUGUAGUGAUUCAGAGUGAAAAUAUUUUUCUCAUUAAUUUAUAUGUGAUAUGAUCAAUGUUCAUUACACUUAUUCAAUUCUUUGUCUACGUCUUUAAUUCUCAGUUGCCAGAAUAAGCAUGGUAGGGGCAAAUGGCCUUUCCUUUCCUUAGAAAAAUAAAAGAGAUUAUA